AUGCUCUGCUCCCUUUCAGGCGAGGAGGCCCAGGAGCCGGUCGUGUCGCCCAAAAGCGGAUGCAUUUUCGAAAAAAGACUCAUAGAGCUGUACAUAUCCACAACUGGGAAAGAUCCCAUCAGCGAAGAGGCUCUCACAGCAGAGGAACUCAUCGUGAUUCAAAAUAAAGAUCCAGUCAUAGUUCCACCCAGACCCGCCGCUUUCAACUCAAUUCCUACCAUGUUGCAGGCUUUUCAGAACGAGUGGGAUGCAUUGGCUCUUGAGACAUUCACUUUGCGUAAGGAGCUCAACAACACUAGACAAGAGCUUAGCGCUUCCUUGUAUCAGUACGAUGCUGCAGUGAGAGUAGCUAACAAGGCGCUCAAGGAGAGGGACGAAGCACGUGAGGCGUUGACUGAGCUUUCACAGUCGUUUGCAAAGAGCGAUCCACCCGUGGAAGAGAAACUGAGUGAUGGAGUUGAAGAGAAGACAGAGGAGUCAGCAGAUUCAAGGACGACAGAGUCGAGGCUGUCUGAAGAAGUGCCGUUGGAGAGACGUAUUUCAACCAGGGAGUUGCCCGAGGAAGUUGCUCAGAACAUUUUGGAGGCCGCUGAACGACUUUUCAGGGAACACAAGAACAACAAGGUCACGGUGGAUGUUCUGAAUGCCAGAAACUGGGAAGUUUUCACCACCGAAACGGAUCACGAAAUAAAGCGUCCUUUUGGGCUGCUUCCUGUUGGGUCUACAGGCAAGGCUGCCGUAUUCGGCCAGAACUCCAUCUUCAUUUACCCUGAGGGUAAAGUGAUGCAUAAGAGAGCCCCUAUUAUGAAUAUCUGCUUCACUGGCAGAGGAGACCAGAUCUUGGCCGCAUGCAACAACAGCACGAUCUACAUUCAGUCUGUCAACGGAGCUCCACCAAAGCCUCUUAACCACAAGGCGGGCGAGAUCCACAAAAUCGUCGCCCAUCCGUCGGUCGCAGUGUCGAUUGGGUUCUCGCCAGACUACUGGACCGUAUUCAGCCACAAUCGUCCGGUCUACAAGUCUGAAAGAGUCCCAUUUAAAAUGACGUUUCAGGCCCUUCAUGUUGAUGGCAGACUACUAGCAAUUGGCACUAGCCAUCCUGGUCAGGUUUUGAUUUAUGACAUUGUUACGAACGAAAGGGUCGCCAGCAUCAACACAAAGUACCCACGGGUCAAUAAGAUUCAAUUCGCCUACAACGGAUAUUGGCUUUUUGUCGGUUCCAAUGAGUCUGGCAAAGGUGUUGUACAAUUGUUCGAUCUACGCAAAAACUCAUUGGUGCAGCAAUUCGAGUACAGCGAUAGAGUGGAGUUUGCUAUAGAUAAGUCUUCUCAAGUGCUUGCAGUAUCUGCGAGAGCCGAAGGGGCGAUCUUCUUCAGUACCUACGAUAAGAAGGCGAAGAAGUGGGAUGUUGAUACUCUCAAGUUGAAUUCCACAAACCCCGUGCAUCUGAUUGAAUACGUGGACGACGACAACGGCAUUGCCACAUACCUUGCCUUGUCGUCCUAUACGAUACGAAGAAUUGUUCUUCGCCAACCCGGUCAUGAUUAA